AUGACGGGCAAUGGAGCUGAUCAUAUUGUCCCGCUGACAGAUCAUGCAUGUGAAGUAGAAGAGCUGAUACAGGAUAGUGAAACCAGCAAUGAACCUGAGAAAAUUGAGAAGGCCGCGGGCUCCCACCGCAGCGAGAGCGACUGGCAGGGGCUGGUGAGCGAGUAUCUGGUGUGCAAAAGGAAGCUCGAAAGUAAAAAGGAGGCAUUGCUAAUCCUUUCCAAAGAGCUGGACACAUGUCAACAAGAAAGAGACCAGUACAAGCUUAUGGCCAACCAGUUGCGGGAACGACACCAGUCUCUGAAAAAGAAGUACCGGGAGCUGAUUGAUGGGGAUCCAUCCCUUCCACCUGAAAAGAGGAAACAGGCAAAUCUUGCUCAACUACUGAGUGAGGCUCAAGAUCGAAAUAAGCAUCUUGGAGAAGAGAUUAGAGAGCUUCAGCAGAGACUGGGAGAAGUAGAAGGGGACAAUAAGCUCCUUCGAAUGACAAUAGCAAAGCAAAGACUUGGAGAUGAUGAAGUUGGGGCUCGCCACUUCGCAGCGCAUGAACGGGAGGACCUUGUUCAACAACUGGAGAAGGCUCGAGAACAAAUCGAGACUCUGAGAUAUGACUUUCAGGCUGCGCUGGACGAGUUACAGGAUGUGAAAGAGGAACGUUCUUUUUACCAGGAUAAGUCUGACAGACUGAACCAAGAACUUAAUCACGUCUUGGGAGGGCACGAAAACCGUAUCAUCGACGUAGAUGCUCUGUGCAUGGAGAACAGGUAUCUUCAAGAGAGAUUAAAACAACUUCAAGAGGAAGUCAAUCUUCUUAAGUCUACUAUUACUAAAUAUAAGAAUGCCCUAGAGAGACGAAGAAACUCAAAGACCCAUAGCAGAUCCAGUAGCAGUGCUCUGACUGGAGUCCUCUCUGCAAAGCAAGUCCAGGAGCUGUUGUCAGAGGAUCACGGAUGUAGCCUACCUGCCACACCACAGUCCAUUUCAGACCUCAAAUCACUGGCCACUGCAUUGCUGGAAACUAUCCAUGAAAAGAACAUGGUCAUACAACACCAAAGACAAACCAACAAAAUUCUAGGCAAUCGAGUGGCAGAACUAGAAAAGAAAUUAAGAACUUUGGAAAUUGCUGGCUUGUGGAGUCUUCCAGGCCUGAGCUACAAUGUCUCAGUGGGAUUUGGGAGUGGAAAGGAUACCAUCACGUUCAGUGACCCAACCUUGCCCGUGAUACAGCGCUCCAGGUCGCCGUUGUUAGCGUUUACUGAUAAGCCCCAGAAAACUGAAGUACAAGCAGAACAGAAGGGAGAACGUGAUGAAACUUGUGCCGUUGCAAGUGAGUCCCUGGCUCCAGAGGGAACCAACUUAAAUAACAGAAAGCAAAAUAAACAUUUUUAUCCUUCAUUACCCCAGCUACCUUCUGAGGAGGAAGAAAUAAACAAGCUCGGAAGUCAGAUAAUUAAACUGACGGAGCAGGCAGUUGCAGAGUUGGAAGGGAAAAGAGCAGGUGCUUCUGCAGGGGAGCAGAACGCGGUGGUUGGAGCAGAGUUUAAUGGUUCCUCUGAGGGAGAGUUCCCACUUUCCAGCCCUGACUCAUCCGACCCCACGGAUCCCUUAAACUCAGAAAAUGAACAAACAGCUGAAACUGAGGCCCUGAAAGACAAUGAGGAGACCUCAGAGAGCGAUUGUGACAUUCCCAGUGAAAGAGGGGAUGGAAGUAGCGGCGCCCUGGAUGUGGUCCAUGCUGAGGACCCCGGAAGGCAUGGAGCGCUCGGUGUUACGACUGCACACACAAAUAAUAGCUUUGAGGAGCUCCUGGAAUCGGAAAACAAGAAACCAUCUGAUUCUGCUGAAAACUGUGAAUAUUUGGAUAACAGUUUGGCUUGAGCUCAUCUCCUGAAAAUACAGGGAGUUCUUUGGCAAGACACUGAGAACCCAAUUUAAGGAAGCUGCGAAGGGAACGUUGUAGGAGAAGCCAGGAGGAGUCUUUCUGUGAGACGCGGCGAUGCUCUUCUCAAGCAAGGAGAAGAGCAAGAGGGGAACCGGCGCUGCCCUGUCCACCUGCUCAGCUCCCUGUGGCUGGAAUUGCAUUCCUCAGCCCACAGGAGCUGGAACAGCCCUCGGGCUGAGUGACGGGUGGUAGAUUUCAGCCUGCUCCAUCUGUGCCCUCCUUUUCAGAGGAAUCUGUGUCUCUCUUAUUUUCUGAUGUUUCGGAAUUAAGGAUAACUCUUCCUUUCCUCCGCGUUUCACCAGUCCGCGGGGUGGUGGGAGGUUUAUUUGCGUUGUUGCUGCUUUCUUAAACUACUUCCCUCGUCGAUAUUUAGUCAUAGGAAAGUGUUCCUAUAAUAACAGGAGAAAAGGGAGGCUGCUGUGUCAUUCCCCAGCUCGCUCCUGGUGCUGGAGCUGUGCCACUCUGCUCCUGGGAAGGCAGCAACACGGGAAUACUUCACGUUGAAGUUAGCAGCUGUUGGAGAAGGGGAGGCACGUCCUUCCUCUCCUGUUUGUAGCAGAAGGAAUAGGCUCUGCAGCUGUGGAGCUUCUAUGGGCCAGCAGCCGUCAAGGCAAUUUUUCUGCUGGCUUGGGACCUAAUUGUCUGUAAAUGUUCAUUUCUCACUCCUAGAACUUGAAACCAAUCAGAGGGAAUUAAACCAAAUUUAAUAAAAUACUACUAAUAAAAAGGAAAAUCCCUCCCAGAUUGAGUCCUCCUUUGACAAAUAACUGCCAGCUGCAGAUUUUUACGGCCCACUUGUCAGCGACUGAAUGAGGGGAGUUUCUAUUAGCAAUACUGACAAACUCUGCUGCAUGUGGAAGAUGAGCGAGCAGGUGCCGCCGUAAUCAAGGUGUCAGAGUCCAUGAGCAGUUUGCAUUCAGCAGAAGAAAAGGCUGUAUGCAGAUGAUUGCGUGGAAGUAUAAGGAAUGGUAGUGGGAAGGUGAAAAAUGUGGCUCGUCUCUGUUCUCCUGUGUUUUCCCCAGCAGGUGCGUUGGUGUAACCCUUUCAGUGCCUCUGCAGGCAGUAAAGCCGUCCUCGCAGAGCCCCUCAAACCUCUUCCCUUUCUCUUCCAAGGUAACUCCACGUUGCAGCAUUUCACUGGUAUUAAGCAGCAGCCCUUAGGAACAAAACCCAUCUGUAUAUUUCAGCCUGUCGGGAACACGAAGCAGUAAAAAGUUUUUCUUUCAUUACCCUGAUGGCCAUUUAACUUCCUCAUCACCUGAAAAAAACAAGAGGAGUUUAAGCAUUCAGAAGAUCGUUAUGCUGUUCCCAUUAAUUGUAACUGACUGUGUUAUUGGCUCGUUCAUGUGACAGCCCUGACAGGUCGGAAGAGAAAUAGCUGCAGAAACUGAAAUCUCCCAGAGAAUGUGGCAGGAUUUUUUUUUUCCUUUAAUGCUUGAAUGUCACACGAAGUAGCAAUUUUAUUCAAGACGUAUUCUUUUCCAUCUUUCACAGGCUAAUCCUGCGUGGAGCUAAAUAUCAGUGCAGUCAGAACUGAGGCAGGAAAAUAAGAAGGUCAGGUUUUCACGUAGCUGAGCUCUGGAACCUUCAGGAGCUGAUGUUGUUUCCUUGCCCUGUGUCUUUCCUGACCCGCAGUUGUGUGAGUUGGCACUUGCUCCCUGUUCCUUAACAACCAGGUAAUGCUAUAAAUUAAUGAAGAGCUUCUUGGAAAAAUCCGAGCAGAUAGAAGCAGUGCUGGACUAACAGCUUUUUAGUGCCUCAGUGGUUCAUUCUUUUUUAGUCUGUUUUUUCUGUGAGGACAUAGUGGUGUACAACCCAGCCGUUAGGACAUCUUGGUAAUUAUCCUCACACCAUUCUCCCUCUUAGAUGCCGUUUUUAUAUCUUUUACAUUCCAGUGAGAUACCUAGAAAACUCAUAUUUAGUGCGAUAUCGCUGCUGCAAUCCCCUCCCUCUCCUCUCUGCUCCAGUCACUGUGUAUUCCAGCUACGUUUUUAGCCUUCUCCCAGAAAACACAAGACUUCAAAGCCAGGAGACUUGUGAAAGUAAGACACCUUUGCUGCACUAUGUGGUAAUUAAUUGAAUAUUCUUGUCAGUAUCUUCCUUGGAUAUUGCUUUAAUUGAAAUUGUUGUGCUGUUAGAACAAUGAUUUUUAUUUUUUCCCUAGUAAAUUAAUUGUUGCUUUGUUAUGGAAUCAACACUACGUCACGUUUUUCAGGAAUGGCUUGGUUUGGUUGUUUGGAGGAUUUUGAGUUGGGUUUUUUUAGGCUUGUGUUCCCUUUUUCUAGGACUUCAGAAAUGCAGAAAUGGCACCCAGACAAACACACCUUUUUGGUGUUGGGCUCUGGGGAAGCGAACUGGGGAGGGAACAUUGUGGAAAGGGUGUGGAGAAAAUGCCUUUCACAAACUGGUUUGAAGGAGCUUCUCUCACCUAAAAGUGAAUUCAUGUGUUAUCUGUGAGAAGGAUUUCAUUUGAAAGUACAGCUUUGUGGUUAUUUGAAAAACAAUGUUCACCGAAUUUAUAAAUUAAGUGUGUGAAAAUGACAGAUUAAGAAGCAUCUUUGAGGAUGCUGUUUCUUUUCUAAGUGAGACUAUUUUUAAGCAUAUGGGAAUUUGUAUAAUAAAGACAGUGGAAUGUCUUUAAUCCAUAUGAGCUCAGGAAUGUAUUUCAAAAUCUUAACUGAGAUUAAGUUGAAAGUCUGCUACAUUUCUAAAAGAUAGCAUUUUGCUUGCCAGCUUCUUUUUUUGUAGUUUUACUUUGUAAAUUAUGCAGUUUAAUUUAUUUGCAAACCUCUCCUUUGUUGCUGCCCGGGUUAACUGCACAACACGGUUCAACUCUAUUAAUACAUUUUGUCAUCUUUAAUAAAAACAUUUCCUGAUAUGCUUGUUCUA